AUGACACCGGUCACAUCUUCACGGAAUGAAACAAUAAUUAUUGAUGAGGAUUCUGAAGAGUUGGAUCAUUCGGAUAUUGAUAUACUUACAAAUCGAUUUAACGGAUUUAAUGAUAAAGCUCAUGUCAAACUAAAUACAUUCAAUACACCUGAUGGUGGUGGUGGAGAUGGUGACGGAGGGUCUGACUUAUGUCGUUUGCCGGGCGGCUCGGCGUCAGUUCCGCUCUAA